AUGUUCCUGACAUCCUGGAUCUGGGGAACAGCGAUAAUACUCUGUUGUGCAUUUUGGUUUCUUCUAGGGAGAAGGAGGAGGAGAGAAUGUGAGCCACCACUUGAAAAUGGGUUCGUUCCAUACCUGGGCUGUGCCUUGCAGUUUGGUGCCAACCCCCUGGAAUUCCUCAGAGAAAAGCAGAAGAAGCAUGGCCACAUCUUCACUUGCCAUGUAGCAGGGAAAUACAUUCAUUUCCUGACUGACCCUUUUUCAUAUCAUGCACUGAUGCGCCAGGGAAAACACUUGGAUUGGAAAAAGUUCCAUUUUGCUACUUCUGCCAAGGCUUUUGGGCAUCGUAGCAUUGACCCAGCAGAGGGAAACACCACUGAAAAUUUUCAUCAGACAUUCAUUAGAACCCUUCAAGGCAAUGCCCUAGAUGCCCUCGUUGAAGCAAUGAUGGAAAACCUACAGUAUGUCAUGCUUCAGUCAAGAACACCUAAACUUCAGUCUAACACCUGGGUGACAGAAGGACUUUAUACGUUCUGUUGCCAAGUGAUGUUUGAGUCUGGCUUUUUAACCCUUUUUGGUAAAGAAUUUAAUUCAAGUAAUGACAAAAACCUAUCAUCAAAGCAGGAAACUGAGAGAGUUCGUAUCCUAAAUGCCCUUGAACACUUCAAGGAAUUCGAUAGGAUUUUUCCAGCCCUUGUGGCAGGACUGCCCAUCCACCUCUUCAAGAGUGCCCACAGUGCACGUGAGAAGCUGGGAGAGGCACUGCUCCACAAGAACCUCCUGAAAAGGGACAACCUCUCUGAGCUUGUCACCCUCCGCAUGUUCCUGAACGACACUCUGUCAACCUUCGAUGACAUGGAAAAAGCAAAGACCCAUGUGGCAGUACUCUGGGCCUCUCAAGCCAACACCAUUCCUGCCACUUUUUGGACCUUGUUCUAUCUUCUUAAGAAUCCAGAAGCAAUGAGAGCUGCUGCCAAAGAAGUGCAAAGUGUUUUGGAAAGUGCCGAAGAGAGUAUCAGCUUAGAUGGCAAACGUAUUUCCUUGAACAGAAAACAGCUGGACAAUAUGCCAAUACUAGACAGCAUCAUCAAGGAGGCAAUGAGGCUAUCAAGUGCCUCCAUGACUUUCCGAGUUGCCAAGGAGGAUUUCACUUUGCACUUAGAGAACGAUUUCUACAACAUUCGGAAAGAUGAUAUUGUAGCUCUUUAUCCUCCACUGCUGCAUUUUGAUCCAGAAAUCUAUGCUGAUCCCUUGACAUUCAAAUAUGAUCGCUUCCUGAAUGAGAACGGAGAAGAAAAGACUGAUUUCUACCGCAAUGGUCGCAAGUUGAAGUAUUACUACAUGCCGUUUGGGACAGGCAUAGCAAAAUGCCCUGGCAGGUUAUUUGCAGUGCAUGAAAUCAAACAAUUUUUGACUUUGAUGUUUUCAUAUUUUGAGAUAGAGCUUGUGGACAACAAUGUGGAAUGUCCUUCUCUAGAUCAAUCCCGUGCAGGACUGGGUAUUUUGCAACCAUCUAAUGAUGUUGAUUUCAGGUAUAGACUGAAAUGCUGA